AUGAGGUUUCAGGAGUCCGGGAUCCUCCUUGGGACGCGGCGAACAGUGCUCAAGGUCCUGACGAGUGUCUUUCUGCCGGACGAACUGCCUGGGAAGAACUGUUGGCUGUAUCGCUGCAAGAACAAGGAUGAAUUUGUAAAGAACAUGCCUCUCUUCGACGAAUGGGGGCCGCGGCCGGACGGCCUGGAGGGGCCUCGUGAGAACCCUGUCGUUGUGGUUCCCUUCCUUGCCCCUGAUGCUGAGCUCGCCCCAAGUGACGGUGCAGGUGGGCGAGCUCCGGGGGAGGCCGGUGACUCGAGUGCUGAGGAGCACGUGCUGAGUGGUGAUCCUGGGGCAUCGUCCUCAGGAGCCUGCCACUCCCCUCCUGAGGCGUCAGUUGCUGAGGAGACACUGCAUGUGACUCCCGAGGCCAAGGCUCCAGGAACCUCGGGAGGUCGUGGUGAAACGUUCUUCAGGGCUCCUUCCGUCGAGGUGGCCGCGCCUCCUGAGAAACGGCCUCCUUCUUCCUUAACUCUUCCGCCGGCCAUGAGCACUCCGAGUCCGCUGGUUGCCCUUGGAACAGGGCUGGUCGAAGCACUCCUGCCUUCCUGGCACGCUGAACCUGUAGCCUCGUCGCCCCUCCCCCUUGGUCUGGCGUGGGGCCUGGCAGGCGUGCCCAAGACUCCUCCGCUGGUCUUUGACGGCAACUGGUUGGCUUUGAUCCUCGGCUCCUCUUCAAGCAGCGAGCCCCAACUGGCUUGGGCUUCUCUCGAGGACGGGCUGGUGUCGGGUGAGGCGCCAGCCCCUAGCCCCUGCCGAGGGGUGGCGCCCCGCCCGUAG